AAAAAAAUGGCUCAAGCCAACGAGAAAUUGCAGGUUCUAGAUUGCAGUCAUGUUUCUCCGCCUCCGGCCUCAGUUCCCACAACCUCUCUCCGUCUCACUUUCUUUGAUCUGCCGUGGUUUGCUUUUCCUAAUAUACAGCGCCUUUUCUUCUACGAAUUCCCAUACCCUACCUUGUACUUCACGGAUACCGUUCUCCCACUGCUAAAACACUCUCUUUCCCUGACUCUCCAACAUUUUUUUCCAUACGCAGCCAAAUUCAUGUGCCCUCCACCACCCGGCAAGCCUUAUCUCCGUUAUGAAGAUGGUGAUUUUGUUACCUUCACGGUCGUUGAAUCCUCUGCAGAUUUCAACCAUGUUAUUGCCAAUUAUCCGCGAGAUGUUAAAUUGUUACGUCCCUUUGCGCCACAGCUGCCAACCGUACCCGUGGCAGAAGAUGGUACUCGUGUCCUCCCAGUCAUAGCCUUUCAAGUCACCUUGUUUCCAAACUCUGGCAUUUGCAUCGGGUCCAAUUAUUGUCAUGUGGUUGGCGAUGGGAAAACGUUCAUGCAUUUCAUGAGGUCUUGGUCGUCUGUUCAUAGGGCGGGUGGCGGUGACUUGACUUGCCUUGAAAAAUCAAUUCCUUCGUGGAACAAGGAUGUCAUCAAGGAUCCUGAUGGGAUAGAGUCCCUCCACUUGAAAAUUUACUGGAACUGGGUAGCAUCGAAUAAUGAAAAUUCCGGCCCAACCCAUGUUGCAGCAGCGGAUAAGGUUCGGGCCACAUUUUUGUUGGGUCGAGCCCAUGUCAAAAAACUCAAGCAUUUGGUCACAGAAGCCAAAUCAGAGCAAUUGCAUAUAUCAACUUUUGUGGUGACGUGUGCCUUCAUAUGGGUUUGUUUGAUCAAAUCACAAGAAAGUUCUACUCGUAACUCAUCAGAUGCUGAUGAUAAUAAGUUUUACUACUUUCAGUUCCCCUUUGAUUGCCGUAACCGCCUGGAAUUUCCAGUUCCGGAAACAUAUUUUGGAAAUUGCCUAAAACCAAGUAUUGCAGAAGUCCAGAAAAGUGAGCUAAUAGGAGAAAAUGGGAUUCUAUUGGCGGCGAAAGCUAUUGGGAACAAAAUUAAAGAAAUUGAGAAUCGUGGGUUCAGAGAUGUGGAGAGUUGGGUAGCAACUCUUAUGGAAAGAACAAGAUUAGGGCGUUUUGUUUCUGUCUCUGGAUCGCCAAAAUUUUAUGUCUAUGAUGUUAAUUUUGGGUGGGGAAGGCCUCGUAAGGUCGAGUUGGUUCACAUCGACUCUAAUGAGACUAUAUCUCUUGCGGAGUGUAGAGAUGAGCAAGGUGGAUUUGAGGUUGGUGUAGCCUCAAACAAGAAGCAAAUGGAUGAAUUCAGUGCUAUCUUUGUACAGAGUUUGAAGCUCCUUUGAUUUUGAGUAUUUAUAGCUGCAACCUAUCCAAUAGUAACAAGUUUCCCAAGGA